AACCUCUGCGGCUUCUACGUAACGAAUGAUCCAAAACUCUCGUAACAAUUAGUCGUAAUUCUGAAUAUAACUAGUCGAGGAGAUUCGAAGAAUAUCUUAUCUUAUGUCAGUGGAUCACUACUUUUGUCGUUAGUCCCGAAUUUUCGUCCCUUGUAUUCGAAUUUGAUGUGAAAUCACUACCACCCCACAUUGUGGUUAUGUUUAUUUGCUCUCGAGAACAAUUGUUAAGGACUGAACACCUCGAACAUAAAUAAAAUUUAUUUCAUACACCGUACUCGAAGCAAUAUAUAACUAUGAGUAUCGCUCCCAUGGGAAAUCUGCCAUACUGCAAAGGCUUAUGGUCAGUUAUUUCGGGAACAACCUGUCGCUGUGAUAAGGAUCUAGUUAAAGAUGAGAUAAAAAAUGCAACGUUACUGCUAAAAGAUGGUCUCGAGUUUUUCAAACCAUUUUCAGAGGCGUCUCUGAAAAAAGUCCAAUCAACAAAUCCUCCAUCCAGAAUGUACGACGUCAUCUGCAAGUUAUCCCCGAUGCUGAAUCUCGAUGCAACGAUAGCCUGGGACUUAGUAUGCAAUUUCAUGUUGUACGAAUAUCGAAAUUGUGCCGAAACCUUUGCUUCCCAGCUGGCAGAUGCUACUACAACAAAAGCCCUUAUAGAAGAUAUUUGGAAUUUUUAUUAUUCUGAACGACUGACGUUGAUUAAGUGCCUCAAGCUCGUAGUCGAGUACAGAGAUAACAAAAGGCACCCCCAUAGAAUGGAGUUCACAGAGUUUCUCAAUCAGGUUUUAUUGGGCGACUUGCUGAAAUCGGUUCAAAGGCAAAUAGAAGCUCUAAAAUUUAUAAACGCACCUGUUCGAACGCAGCUUUUCACUGACGAACAUCUACACAAACUUUACAAUAAUUGCCUAAUUGAAAUACGUGAACUCUUACAUAUCUUCACCAUCAUUCUACAUGACAUACACGUUGCAGACUCGGAAUUCAACAGAAUAUAUGGGAGCAUCAGCGGAGAACCAAGGCGUUUAAUUAGUUCAAAAAGUCACGAAGACAAGGCGGCGGUAUCCAAAAAACUUGGACAGAUACACUUCAGUCAGACGGCUCUGCUUCUCGUUGGACUCGAUGUGGUGAAACACAGUGGGAUGGAAGAAUGGAUCCGAGGCGUGCGGAGCCACAUGUGGGAUACGUUUGAGCACAAAUGUAUGCGAGAUAGUACACCGCAAGACGGGCCUUUGCUUCUUGCCUGGAUGCUUGCAAACUAUGCGAUCGAAUCAGACAACCCAGAUAUGUUGAACAGUUUCAGACCGUUUGGGAUCCGAGCAAUUCAGCUGAACGUUUUUUACUAUCUGCAAGAUUUACUGGAGAGCGAAAUGAUCCAAGAAGAUACUCAGUACUCUGUGAUAGUGAGGAGCAGUGUGUACAACCUGCUAACACUUCUUUGUUCAUAUAUAGAAGAGGACAAAAUCAGUCAACUUCCUGGCGUUUUUAACGCGACUGCAGCUGUACUUAGCUACCCAGAAACUGCCGCAAGGUUUUGGAAUGAAAGGGAAGACGGACUGUGGAGCUUAUACAAGUGCGCCGUCGAGUGUUUUCCAUACAAGUUUGAACCUCUUACCGCUAUUGCUACUGGCCUGGCUAAGGCUGGAACAAAAAGCGCGGAAAAGUUGAUGUUGGAGCUUGAGAAUCUUGCUUCUAUAACUAUGGAAGUUUCGCGAUAUCAGGAUCCUAGCUUGGCUUUUGUACCAUAUGAACAAGAUUGCACCAUCCAUCAAAACUCAUUCAUUAUUCCCGCGGGAUGUCGACACACUACGGUCGAGAUGGGUAAUGAAAAGAAGGUUGUAGUUUGGUUCACAAAGGCAAGUUAUUGGGAUGCCUUUCACCACAAGAUAGAAGAACUGUUUUCCGAAGCUGGAGGAGGAAUAGUAAACGUUAGCGAUGCGAAAACGAAUUUACCAGACAAGGUUUUACAGGGUUUCAAACUACUCAAAGCCCUACUCGCGGCUAAUGUCGAAAUCGGUCAAAGUAUGGUAAUACCGACAGAAUUGAGCUUUGAGGUAAUCAACAGAUUCUCUUACGCUACUCUACCGAUCAACAUUUACAAAAUAGUUGCCGAAUGCAUGUCAAUUUCUUCAAAACUAGUCCUCAAGUAUCCAGCAGAUAUUUUAUCACGUAUGCGCGCUGACGUUUACCCAAGAUUCAAUAAUUGGUACCAAAAGACCCAAGAAUUUGCCCAAGCCAUUUCUUUUGACGGAGGGUUGGUUGCAUCUUGGUUAUCAGGAAUCGAGACCAUCGAACACAAGUAUCCCAUCCUUGCUGCAUAUCUGGAUAUCCUCUCAAACUACCUCGUUAUAAAGCAUAGCAAAGAAGCAAUGUACUCCAUGGAGAUUCCGGGUAUGGUUUUCCUACUCCAAGGAGUUCUGCCCAAACUAGAUUCAUGGUACUUUGCACUAGAUUCGGAGCGGGUCGAUUUAUGGUUGCAGAGUAUGUUCUGUUUGCACCAUGCCCUGGACUCGAAUAUCCCAAAAUCGGAAAUGAGAAACGAACUGCAACUUGUCGUUGCAUACAGUCUCUUGUAUCUCGAGCCCCGUCAUGCCCUUCUGAAGCUAGUCAGAACAGGAGAACGGAUUUUACAGAGCAGAAUGGCGACGGAAACCGACUGGAUCAGCGGUCGGGGAUACAAAAUAAUCAAAAGCGUUCAACUCGCUUUGUCGGUCGUAAAUAGACUCUUGAUGUUCAGAAAAAGCCUGGGAUUGGGCCUGGAAGAAAGAUCCCCUCUUGAAGUCGCCUUGUACACAUCUCCCUGCUUGCCCAACGGAUUGCUAAUUGUGCCUACGAUUGUGAACUACCUGUACGUCUGGUUUAGCCCCUCGCUGCAAGCAAUGGCUGUGAGGCUACUAAAAAAGUUCGCCGAAGGCUUCUCCAUGUCGCUUUUAGUCUGCAUGGGAAUGGACGGCACGACCAUCAGGGAAACUUUUGCAUCAAGACUCAUGUCUCCGACCUGCGCUGCAGAGGUAAAAGUUGCAAUAUUGGAGCUCGUUGCUGUCUGCCUGGAGAGACAGCCUGGCCUGACGGAAGCGCUUUUCAAUAUAAUGCAUCGUGCAGAACGCAACAGGAUCUUUCCCAGACCUGCCGAUGAAUUUUUAACACAAGGUUGCAGCCAGUUCUUGGACUUGUAUCUAAAAAGGAUUUACGAGGAGGAGGGCAUCAUCUACGAUAGAUUGUAUUACAGCACAAUGGUCUUGCUACAUGCCAUGUGGUACCAUCGCAACGAAAUUCUAGUCAACUACUUCAGGAAACGUACGAAUUUUUGGACACACCUCUUCGCCCCGUUAUUUAGAGACUUAGUUCCUGAUACCAGAGGGUAUUCUCAGUUGCUGGAUAUAAUGACAUUAGAGUUAUUCAAGAGUCCAUCUCUAGAGAGCGACUUCUUAGUUAACCUGAAGAAGCUUCUUGACAAGGAUGAGAAGUAUUUGAUAAACAUUGCCCAGUACGUGUUGAGCAGAUUCCUAGAGCAGAGCUCUGACAAGUGCCUUGAUAGUUCUGUCGACAACCUAAAAAUUAAAUCGCCACUUUACGAGGCCAACUUGAAAUCGUGGUAUGAUUUUAUCGUUAGGCUAACGGAUAACAAGAUCAGCAGAAACUAUCCCAUUUCGACUACUCAGGCUCAAUUUAUUACCAGUCUUGCUCUAGAUGGCUUGUCCGCCCAUCUAAAACAGCCUCACAGUCCAAAGAUGCUCGUUUUACUCGCCUCGUUGUGCCUAAGGUGUGUGACUGCCUGGAAACAGACGUGCGUUGGCGAUUCGCAAUCAUUCAAAAUGAAAUUGAUUGAAUUAAUACAGGACACGGUGCAGUCCUAUCAAGGAUACAACAAAAUUCUCAGGCACACUUUGCUUUCCCUAAUCGUGGGUUGUGUAAGAGUGAUUAAAAGCACUCUGGCAAAAGAUAGUUCAACUUUGGAGUUCCUUUUGGGAAAUGCAAGCGUUUUGGCUAGCCUGGAGAUAGAAGAAUUGGCAAAGGCAGCUAAGGGUGAAGCUGCGAUCCGUGGGGAGAUUGCAGAGAAGGGAAUGGAUAAUGGAACUGAGACGCUGAAAGCAGUGCGCGGAUGUAUUCCAGCAACGCUCACUGUCUGCAUGGUAACGCAGUUGCUGCAGCUGUACAUCGAGCAUGUUAAAAAUCAGCGAGCGACUUGCACGCAGCUGCAGAGAAUGAUCCAAGAGCUUAUGACUUGUGUUGGCAUUACUCUGCAAAGACGCCCGUAUUUCAGAUUCAGUCGUGCAGCUCUAGCUGCCCUCGGAGUCAUAGCUCGAUCCUUGUACAGUACUCAGCUCAUCGACAAUAGUCUGAUUGCAAAAUUGUGGCUCAGUUUACUUCCACCAAGCGAUCUGAGAAACAGCGUUUUGGACUGCCUCUAUGAUGAUUGCACGGGCAGCCAUUGGCGUUGCCAGGAUUGGUGGCCGCUCUAUGCGCUGGGACUGGAGUUAUUGACGGCACUUGUGACUCGUGAAAAUUGCAUGAUUUAUACUCCGAUUAUCGUCAUGUUUUUGGGUCCUCACGAGCACCAGCUUGUCGAAGUGUCAAUGCUACUCAGGCACACCGCAGAUCCCCUAGCUGCAGAUGUUGUUCAGUCUCUUGUUGCCCUCACUUCUAGCAUGGCUGUACAACCAAUCAUUUGGAACUCGAUACAGCCCAGUGUUCGAGAAUCACUAUUUAAAUGCAUCUACUUAGCCUACGACAGCACAGUGAAUCUGCUACUGCGUCCUCGUAUAUUGAAAUUCAUAAUUGACGGUAUCAGUGUCGAGAGUGCAGAAGAGCUGCAGUCGUGUGACGAAAAGCUACCUAGCGGGGAACUGACAUUGUUGGUCAAUAAGCUGAUUAUAAUAAAUUCGAUGUGCGCUCAAAGCUUCAUUCGAUUAUCACCAAAAAUAAACACGCUGAUCGAUACGGUCUACUUGCAAGACUUCUGGUACACGCCAAUGGCAGAAACGAAUUUUGGACCACCACAGAUGAGCAUGAGCUCUGGGCCGCAACUUACUUACGGGACAAUAAUCAGCUCCACGCAGUUAUUCACGCAAGCCUUACACUCUCGGUUGACGGUAACUUCACCACGAAAAUCCCUAAGCAGAGAGGACAGUGUGGAUUCAGCCAAAAGGGAAUGGGAACGUGCCACUCCUGAAAACUUAAGACGAAUUCAGAUGAGGGACUUGAAAAAAAUACUCAACCCUGAUUUCGUCUCAGGUAAUCCGGAAUUCACCGGCUACAUAACUGGCCUGGACAUUACCGUGCCACUGCUGAGUAGUCCAAGAUUGAUAAGGAGACCCUAUGAUCCCUUGAUAUGUGAGAAUACAAUUUUGUCAAGAGCCACUGCACUCGUACCUGGAAAACACAUCACAAGAGGAGGAAGCCCGAUAAAUUCUCAAAACACGCGGUCCACGAGUCCCUGGUACGCGUGUAUGGAGGUGAAUAAUACAAGGCUCGCCUUGGAAGUUAAUCUAACACUUCUAUUAUGCCAAGCACUGGAGGGCAUCAAGAGCCCUCGACUGAAUCCAAGGGAUCAGCAAUUGAUAGCUAGAGAAACUACUACGGAAAUGGGUGUAUUUUUUGAGUUUCUCAGACACCAAGGUACCUCAGACAGUUGGCAAGUCGAAGCUUCUUUGGUCGAUGCCGAAAGAACGAUUCCGGUAUCUUGCCCCGAAGCUAGUUCACCUCUGCCCGCAAGGUUGAUGGACCAGAGUACCAUAUGCAAAGUGCCUAAAAAUGUUAUAUUGAACUGUGAAGAGGAGGAGGAGGAAACUUGCGAGGAGGAUGUAGAGGAACGCUUGAAAGAUGACGUACUAACAACAGGCAGCUUUCAAGGCACCACGAACACCACCCAGUUCUUACCACUGCUUGGCAAACUGUUAAAAUCUGUUGUUGAAUCUCAAGAUUCAGCGCAAUAUGGAUAAAAUCGUUACCGUAGUCAAUAAAUUUUGUCAUUAUUCAUUUUUACAGAGAUCAGUUCCUCUUUUUGUAUGUACGAGUUGUUUGUACGCUUUAUGCACGAUAAAUGGUAUUGAGAGAAUAUUUGAUCAAUGUUCUACUCUAGGCUAUCUA